AUGCUCAGUGUCUACAACUUCGAUGGAGACUCGCACGAAAGCUCGCUCUACGCCUCGUUCUCCUGCGGAAACGAGAUCCUCAGUCUGGAUUGGGGCUAUCCCACCACCGAGUCCAAUCGCGAUUUGAUCGUCUACGGCACGCAGGAGGGCGGAUUGGGCGUGAUGAACGCCACGGCCAACACGGCGCUCUUCGAAACGACGCUCCCCGGCGUCCUGGCCGUCGUCUCUGUGGCGUUUUCGCCGCUGAUGACGAGCUACUGCGCCGCCACGCUGGGAGGCAACACUCCGCUCUCCUUCUGGGACCUGGCGACGAACAAGAUGGUGGUCGACGGCGCUGCGCUGGGGGCUGGCGUGCGCGUGAACUGCCUGGAGUAUCUGUCGUCGGGCGCGGGACUGUACUGCGGCUGCGCGGAUGGACACAUCCGACUGUUCGAUGUGCGGUCGAACCGCGUGGUGAGCAAUGAGCAGGUCUCGACCGGACAGAUCAGCGGAAUGCGCGUGCUGGUCACGCCCGAGGAGGGCGCCGUGAUGUUCUGCUGCAGCACGGACGGCGUGGUGCGCGAGUUCGACUGUCGGAGCAUGUCGAAGAUAUCCUUGAAAAUGCGCUGAGAACCCUUCACGGAACUGCAUUUGCGAGUAUCCGCUGCGGAAAUCGGUGACGACCACCGCGGUGCCGCGCGCUGAUAUCAACUACUCGCCCGCCCUGCGAUUGCUGGCAGUGGCGGCGAACCACCAGGAAGGACUGGCCAUCUUCAAUCGGGGCCAGUCCGCGCAGAUCUACAGCGACACAGUCGUGAACCAUCUGUCGUACAGCGUGGAUCUGAACGUGGAUCAGUCGACGAUCAUCGCGGGAACGACGGAUUGCGCGCUGGAGAUGCUGCGAUUUACUACGUUGU